AUGUCUCCCCCUUCAUCUUCCGCAUCCAAGUUCACCUCCAAAGCAGCCCGCCGCCGCGCUCGACGCAAGAACACCAUCGACAGCUACUCCCCCGACGACUACGACUGGGACGGCGAGGCCACACGAGCCGUCCACACAACCAUGGCUCUCCUGAACUCCAACCGCACCCCAAGCCCCGACUCCUCUGAAGAAUUGUUCCCCUCGGCCUCCGACCCCUACCUAGAUCUGGAGCUGCUGAUGCCCAAACCGCCGCCCGUGCUUGCGGAGCUCGAGAAGAUCGUGCAAGGUCUCAAGGAUGACCCCAUUGAGGUGCUUGUUGAGCAGGGGGUAAGGAACCUGGAGACCCUCCGCAUGAUUGGCAUUCUGCGUGAUGCGGAGGUGCUGCUCUUUGAGGGGCAGCCUGAUGCCGCGAAGGAGAAGGUUGCUCAGGGCAUGGAGGUUGCGAUGGCUCUUGAUGAUGAGGAGUACCUUGGGCGCUGUGGGGUGCUCAUGGAUUGUGUUGAGACUCUGAGGCGCUGGCUGCAGCAGCAGCGGGAGCGGGAGGAAGAGGAAGAGGAUGAGGGGAAGGGGAAGGAGGUUGUGCGUGCUGGGCAGAGGCCUGGACUUAGCCGGCGGUCUUCGGGGAUAUCGGAGGCGCCGGUAGGUGAGAUCUUGGGCGACUUCAAGCAAGGAAUGUAUGAGGAUGAGAGCUGCUGGAUUGAUGAGGACGAAGAAGACAGUGUUGCGGUACGUCCUAGUGACAAGCAAACAGACCAAGGGAAUCGUCAUCUGCAGUCUCCAGGUCCAGAGGAGGAGAAUGAAGAGGAUGACCUCCAAAGGUACGAAUCCCGAUCUGCCUCCACUAACUCACAGUCUGCAUUCUACGUUGAAGAGGAAUCCGAAGGCGAUGACUCCGCCUGGGAAACCGAAUCAGCCACCAGCUCCGACUCCAACGAGUCCAUAUCCCGCACAAUAACCCGCAAACGACUAAGCUCCGCCCUGGACCCCUCAACCUCACUCUUCUACACGCACAACCACAAGAUAAACCGCAAACCAUACAUCAUCCACAGAACCCCCAUCACCGGCCCCUCCCGUCCCAAAACCUGGAUAGACUCCGACGUAAACGCCUGGGGCGACGAAGAAUUCUGCCGCGAGUUCUGGCACCCGCACUCCAAGACCAUCCUGCUCCAGGAACCCGUCAUGGACUGGGACAUGGCCUGGCUGGCCAAACACUCAUGGUCGCGGUUCUUCCCGCAGAAGGACAAGUUCACCUUCCGCUGCUCGCCGUCCAUGAACUCCAUGGCGCCCCGCGUCCGUAAGACGGAUAUCUUCCCGCGCCAGGAGUGGGAGUACCUCCCCGACCAGAAAGCGUGGAGCGAGUUUCAAGCCGGGACGUCUCCCGACGAGCAGGUUACAUUUAGCUUUCUGGAGUGGGAACGCGAGCGGAUCCAGGAUCUCCUGGAUGCUGAGAAGGGGGGUGUCAUGGCGCAAGCGCGAAAGGAGCAGAUGGAGAAAGACGCGGCUGAAUCUGUAGCUGAUAAAGCUACAGACGGUAAUCGGCGUGGGAAUCCAGAUCCUGAUGCGAGGCAGACCCGCCUCCGUAAGCUGUUCACCAGCCUUGACGGCGCCGCUGACUAUGACGACGAGUAUUCACCCAUGGCCCUAGCCGACGAGGAGGUCGCCGCCCAGGAAAAAACGCUCUCUUCGCGCAUCGCCGCCCGCAUGAAAACCAAUCCCGACGAAGACACCGAGGCUCUCCUUGCCGACCCGGAACUCAUUACCGCCGCGUGCCAAAUCGCCCGCGCGACUAGAAAAAUCGAACGCUUUUAUGGGAGCAUGGACACCAACGAGGCGGAUCUCGAGAUCGAUAGCGCCGAGGAGGAAGAGAGGGUUGCGGAGCUGGCGAGGAAUAUGCUCGUGAAUAUGGUGGACGAUGUUCAGCAUGAGAUGUUUGAUGAGUUUAAAUUUCGCGAGAUCGUCAAGGAUAGGAUCCGGCUCUGCCUGAAGGUUUUUGGCGUCGUUGUUGGUGUCCCGGUUCUGGGUUGGGUUUUGCUUGUUGUGGGGUUGUACUAUCAAGGUUUGUAA